UUUGACCUUUGUCCCGUCUAGUUUGUCUAGCUAUUUAUUUUGUCACUGUCUUUGGUCUUGAAUGUUGUCCAUUUCUUCCAUUUUUCUUCCAUUUGUGUUUGCCGAAGUCUCAAACAAUGUGUCAGUUUUUCCAUAAUGUAGAUUUCUUCUGUUAUUCCAGUCCAUUGUUCUUGACAAGGGGGGUCUGCCUCUCCCCAUUUCCUCAUAAUAGCUUUCUUGCUAGCUAUUAACAUUAUCUUAAUCAGAAACCUGUCUUUUACUUUGAUAUUGUUAAAUUUGCAAAGAUAUAGAACCACACUACUCAUAGGAAAUCAUAUCCCAGAAUCUUCCUCACAGUUUCAUGCACAUUUUUCCAAAAUUGAAUUUUAAAAUCGUUCCAGAAUAUGAGAAUGAUCGGCGUUCAUUGAUCCACAAUUCCUCCAACACCCCAUGUUUGUGUGAUGAAAAAUCGUAUUAGAUUUUUCCAUGAGAACUUCCUCCAUAUCCGUGAAUUGGUGGAUGUCUGAUGUGUUUUCCACAUUUCCAGCCAAUCUUCAUCAGAAAUUGUCAUGUUAAGCUCUGAUUCCCACUUUUAUAUACUUAGUUGAACGUUUAUUUAUCAUCAGUUUUUGAUAGAGUAGAGAUUAUUUUAAUUUUUGUUCCACUGACUGAAUUUAUCACAAUUUUAAUCACCCCAUUCACUUCCACAGAGGGAUCCCACCUGAUUUCUGUCUUAUAAUAGUCUCUCAAUUGUGGGUACCUAUAAAAUUCUUGUUUAUCUAAAUUAUACUUCUCUUUCAUUUUUUGAAAAGAAGGAAGCAGACUGUAGUGCAGGGCAUUAUGGGUAAAAACAACCAAAAGAAACAUGUUAGAGGGAGAAAUGACUGUUGGUCUUUUACCAAAGAUAAGAUAUAAAUCCUACAACCGUUAAAAUAUGACGCUGUUCCGUUUUUGUUCACAUUUUGUAAAAGAGGAAGUUGUGUUCAGUGUCUACUACAGAGGUCUGCAUGUUGUUUUCUACAGUGUCUUGUGCUGCAGCGCCACCACAGGCAAGGAGGGGAACAGAUCUUUCAAAUACUUUGGUUCAUUUUACUCAGUACACUGUGAAAGAGAACCACACCAGCUGAAAAUGUUAUUAAUGAAAAAUGUUUUGCUAAUUGUGCUCCACAGAUGAUCUCCGUAACAAACUCAUCAACUGAACAAGCAUGGCUUUGCUUUCAAAUUUCAUCCUGAGACUUUUCUGUCUCCUUCUUCAUUUUAAUCCCUGUCUGACUUAUUCACUGAAAAACUGUUCAAUACUUUUUGAGGACAACCCGUCCGCUGGUGUUUCUGUGGACUGUGCGAACAGGGACCUUGUUUCCAUCCCUGACGACAUUCCCGAAGACGCUGUUUCUAUUGAGCUCAGGGGCAACAACAUUCAGACAAUUAAAGAUGAUUUCCGUGGCAUGUCUAGGCUGAGAUAUCUGGGACUGAGAAAAAGUGGCAUCACUUCUGUGGAUGAUGGAUGCUUCAAUGAUUUGGUUUCAUUGGAAACACUUAUGAUGAGAAACAACUACCUCUUCACCCUGACCGCAAACAUGUUCCAGGGUCUGUCUAAUCUCACCACACUUGAUUUAAGCCAUAGUGGUAUUUGUUUCAUUCAUGGCUCUGCCUUUAGGUUCCUUACAAGCUUAAAAGUUUUGAACUUGGAUUAUAAUACGUUAAAAAACACUGCCGACAUUCAGCCCAUCUUUCAGCUACCACAGAUACAGACGCUCAGCCUUAGAUGUAACGAACUGUCGUCCUUUGAGAGCAAAAACUUCCUGCUGAACAAAUCCUCAAGUUUACAGCAGCUGUUUAUUUCUGGUGGCUCCCUGAGGAAGUUCAGCAUCACCACCCCUAUCUUCCCUUACCUUCAGGUGGUAGAACUUUCAACAUGUCCAAAAGUAACCAAACUAAAAUGGGACAUAUCUGACAAAACGUUACUAGAGAACAUAACGCAGUUUAAUGUUGAGGAAAACACACUUUCCUGUAAAGGAGUGAAAAACGUCCUGCAGAAUCUCAUCUCAUUGAGACAUUUUAAAGUAAAUAUGGUGGUCAGUUGGAUAAAGAGAGGACUGUUAUCUACUGUCUGCAAAAUUCAAUCACUGAGGAGGCUGGAUUUGUUCUACAACAAUAUGAACAACAAGACUUUGAAACUUGCACCUUGCUCUCAGCUCACAGAGCUUUACCUCCAGGAAAGUAAAUUAGAUGAACUGACGAAUGGCUCAAUACAAUCAAUGAAGAUGCUGCAGGUCCUAAAUAUGAGUGACAACAAGCUCACUAGAGUUUCAGACGACAUCAGGAGCCUCGCCUUCCUUAAGAUAUUGCACUUGGAUAACAAUUUUAUCUCAAAGUUGGACUGUGAGGAUUUUGAGAACACAACCCGUCUCGUGGAGCUUAAUCUGAACACAAACCAGAUUUCAAGUCUGGAGAGAUGCGUUUUAGAGCAUCUUACUGAGCUAAAGCAUUUAGAUCUGGGUUACAAUAACCUGAGAGCAUUUGGAGACACAUUUAAAGUCGCUCUGCAUAAGCUUGAGUUCUUGGACAUGAGUGAAAACGAUAUAAAUAUAUUAUCUUCAAAUACUUUUGAGGGUUUACAGUCCCUAAGACAUUUAAAGAUGGCAAGUGAUAAUAUAAUGUUGAUGGAAAAUAAAACAUUUCCUGAAUUGAGGAAUCUGGUGGACCUAAAUGUCUCAUUUUCAAAUGGGUAUAAACCUGAACUUCAAGGAUUGCAGCGUUUGGAAAAUCUUAUCGUUUACUUUGGAAAAGGCUUUACUUUUAAAAAUCCUUAUCAAAACAAACUUGGUGGCUUAAGUGAUUUAAAACUACUAAAAUCUCUCACAGUGAUCGGCUGCACAGACCUCACCUUUAGUCUUAAGAUCCUAAAGGAAAUGCUUCAAGCUAUGGGACAUCUGGAAGCUUUCGAAGCUGUGGAUGUGUUUGAGAAAGCUCCAGAUGUAGAUACAUUUCAGUUCAACCCCCAUCUCAGCAGCCUGACAUUAACAAACAGUGACAUGUCCGAUCUGAAACCUGAACUGUUUAAACCAAUCCCAAACCUGCAGAGACUCGAUCUUACCAACUCGAUGCUGAGAUCCAUGGACUUUUUGGUGCAAGCCAACCUUUCUGCACUCAAAUAUCUGAAACUGACAGACAAUAAAAUUAUUACGAUCAAUGAGGCUGUUUGGGAAGUUCUCCCGUCUCUAACAUACUUAGACCUGAGCUACAACUUGUUCACCUGUGAAUGCUCAAAUGCAGGUUUCAUCCAGUGGUUGAAGACCAACAAGCAGACACAAGUAGUAGACGCUCAUCAAUAUAAAUGUUCCUUUCCUGUCAGCAAAGAAGGAACCUUGCUACUAGAUUUUCAUACACAGUCCUGCUUUAACGACGCCAGCUUUCUCUGCUUCAUUUCCACCACUUGUUUAAUCGUUCUAACUCUCCUCACAUCCUUGGUUUACCACCUCCUAAGGCAGCAUCUAGUCUAUGCAUUCUACCUCUUCCUGGCCUUUCUCUAUGAUAGCAAAAGGAAGAAGAAGAACGAUGGUCAUCAGUUUGAUGCCUUUGUGUCCUAUAACGUCCGUGAUGAGGGCUGGGUUUACAGAGAGAUGCUUCCAGUGUUGGAGGGACAGCAGGGCUGGAGACUCUGUCUGCACCACAGAGACUUCCAACCAGGUAAACCCAUCAUAGAGAACAUCACUGAUGCCAUUUACGGCAGCAGGAAAACCAUCUGUGUGAUCAGCCGCAGCUACCUGCAGAGCGAGUGGUGCUCAAACGAGUUUCAAAUGGCCAGCUUUCGCCUGUUUGAUGAGAAGAAGGAUGUUCUGAUUCUGCUGUUUCUGGAGGAGAUUCCUGCUCACCACCUGUCUCCAUUUUACCUGAUGAAGAAGCUGGUGAAGAAACGCACCUACCUGAGCUGGCCUCUGGCUGCACGACAUCCGGGAGUUUUCUGGCAGAACGUCCAGAGAGCUCUGCAGGCAGGGGGCGCUGUCGCUGAUCCGGUACAGGCAGGACACUGAAAAAAGCAGCAAAAUGGAAGUUUAUUGUGAAAGUUUCCAGCAUAAAAUCAAGACAGAUGAGAAGAGGAAAGUCACUUUGUAUGAAAAAUCCACAAGUUAAAAUUAAUAUUCAAGUAAAAAAGCUUUCUGAUUUAAUCUAAACCCCAAGCCAGAAAUGGCAAAAGUUUUACUUAAAGUCUACUUUGUCUUUCUGAUAAAGAAUCUUCAGACUAGCAUUAAUUUAACACAGAAUACUUAGUUUAAUGUCACUGCACACUCGUAAAAUAUUCAAUUUGUAGUUAUUCAAAAUUAUUUUCAUCCGGAUCUAUCAGUUAAUUAUAAGAAUCACUUUUCUUUAUCACAAUACCUUUUAGUUAAGAUCUUUGUCAGUAUGUUAAUGUUUUACUUAUGUUGAGAUUCAGGACUUGUGUUUUUCAAUAAAGGUAAUUUUGAUUGUGUAAGGUAGAAAUAAAGAUGGACAGAUUAUUGUCUGCCUCUAGAUAAACAGCCUUUUGUACAUUUAAAUAAAUGAUUUGGGUCAUGGAUAUUUAUGAAGUAAUUCACAUAAACCACAGCCUUCUGUAAAAAGUAUUUUUUAUUAAACAAAAUUCAUUUUGAAAGGAAUGCUGUUAAAUUUAAAUAUCGUUAUAAUGCAUAGAAAAUAUUAUUUUGUCAUUUCUUACUUGUUCCUGAAGGUUCAACAGCGCCCUCUAGUGUCUGGUUUAUUUAUUGCAAUGUAAAUAUGUGAACAGUUCGUUCCUCAUUUUCAGAAAAAUUAGAGAAUGUGAAAAAUUUCUACUGUCUGCCUGUUACUUUCAUUUUAAAGACCACAAUCAGACAUUUUAAUUGUUUUACAGCUUUUUUUAUAUAUUAUCUAAUGUGGGAUUUCAAAAUAGGGAGGUUUGUCCCCAAAACGUUGUAAGACAACAAAUCACCCAUUUUCAAAGCUCCAGGUGUCUCCUUUAGGGUAAAGUUUAUUUUAGACUAAGAUGUGUAAAUAUGUGCAUUUCAUCUUUAUUUUUUAUACAAACCCGAUAGGUAGGAAGUUUGAAUUUUUACCUCAUUCAUGUGAAGAGGAACAAAUACAAUAAACAGAAAACCGCAGAGAACAACGAAGUUCACAUAAUUUGCAUUUUAAUGUUUUAAAUUCAAAACACUUUUCUGACAGUCCUGACAGAUUUUUAAGAGAAAUCCUGAUCGUUGAGAAAAGAAGAUAAAAUUAACUCUGUUACACAACAAUAUGUGUUUUAUUUACAGUGUAAGGAGAUAAACAUUUUCCAAACUUUAGAAAUUUAAAGUCAUGGCAGACUGUUACAACUAAUAAAAGGUUUGUUUAUUUAUUUAGCUAAUUUGGGGUUAAACUUCAAAAUAUUUAAACUUAUGGAGAAGCGGUAUGAGGUACUAUCACCUGCAGGUAGGAGCUAGCAUCACUCAAACCAGACAUUUUCAAAUUUUUUCUUGGAAAAUGCAGUGAAUUGACAGUAAUCCAUCAGUGUGGAAAAAAAUGUGAGUAUCUGUGGAUUUGUGUAAAUUUUCAUGGCUGUGGAAUCACAAAAACUGCAGGAUUUGGCAGUAAGAAGAUAAAAACUUCUCUAAUAUUAAGGGCCACAUAAGAUGCUGUAGUGGGCCAGAUUUGGUCCCGGGCCUCGAGUUUGACAUCCAGGAUGGGUACUGAACAGAAUCUGGGUUCAUUCUUUAAACAGAUGUGUUAAUCUGUUUAAACAUUAACACAUUUUUUUGUUGUUGUUUUUAAUUUUCUUGUACAAGCAUUUUGAAUUGUCUUUGGCUGAAAGGUGCUGUAUAAAUAAAGUUGCCUUAAUAUCAACACAAAUUGUGUCAAAAAGCACAUUAAUGUGUAAACGUAACAACACAUUUCCUUUGCUAAUAUUUCAAGACUUAUUGUGUUAAAAAUUAUUUAACACUAUAACUGUUUCUUACAAUCAUUAUUAAGUAAUUUUAAUACAUUAGUUGUGUUAAACUAUUAGCACCAUAAAUGUGUCGAAUUUAACACAAGCUGUGGUAAUUUAGUUGAAAACAUUUAACCAAAUAAAACAUUUGUUGUGUUAUUCUGAUGUCAUAAAGUUGAUGUAAAGCAUCUUUUACAAAUUUUUUAACAGAUAAUGAAUAAUUUUUUUCUUUGUGUCAAAAUAUUGGUGAAACUCCAUCUGAAGCUCCAACAUGUUGCUUCUCCUUCUAAUAUGAAGAAAUAAAUGACAGCCAAAUGCUGACAGAAGAGAAAAAACAAUGAAUAAUCCUCUUUAAUCUUCAAAGUGGUUCCUGAUUUUACCAGUCAGAUGAACGCAUUGAUCACAGCUCUUCCCUCACUGUGGUUCCAGAUACACCGCAGUGCUUUGUUUGGGUUUUUUGGUUGGUGUUAAAUAAAGGGAAGUAGUUUUAACCAAAUGUGAUGGUCAUUGUCAAUUUCAGGUA